AUGGAUGAACUUCCAUGUUCGUAUGCUUGGGCGGUUUUGAAGAACCAACAGCUAAAACCUGGCCAGUAUUGCUCUUUUUUCUACAAGAAGGAUAACCUCUUUAGAACUUAUACAUUUCUAGUAAAUCUGAUGCUAGAUGAGAGUUUAUGGGUAAUCCCAACAGAGGUGCUGGAAGAUGUGGUCCUACCACCUAAAGGGAGAAGAAAUGCAGGAAGGCCAAAAAAGGAAAGACUCAAACCUCCUUCAAAGAAAGAGUCUAAGAAGACGUUUUCAUGUUCUGUGUGUGGACAAAGUGGUCACAAUAGAAAAAUAUCCACUACUAGAAAUCCGGGAAAAAGCGACCGCAAAAAGCAACCAGAGUUGGUCGCUAUUGGGCUAAAAAGCGAUCAAAAGGGCCUG